AUGAACAAAGUGGACAAGAUUCUGGACCAAUUCACAGACCCCUUGACUGGGUCAGUGCAUGGCGCUGUUUUCAUCGCCAUUGACAGUUCAGGGAAGAUUAUCUAUCAUCGUGCUGCCGGCAAAGCAAGCCUUGAUGAUGAAAAUGCACCUGCUUUGCAAACCGAUUCUCUGUACUGGAUUGCUUCCAUGACAAAACUUGUGACUGCAAUAGCUGUAAUGCAGCUUGUGGAGCGAGGCAUCGUAUCACUUGACGAAGAUGUUCGGACAAUAGUCCCCGAGCUCCGAGAUAUACAAAUUUUAGAAGAUAUAAGGAACGAGUCGAACCAACUACAUCUGAAGCCCGUUCAAGGAAAGAUAACUCUCCGGAAUCUCAUGUGCCAUACAGCUGGCUUUGUGUACGACAGCUCGUCGCCACUUUUGCAAAAGUGGUCCAAAUCCCACGGUCGAACAGCAUACACCUUUUGUGGCAGCAUGGCUGGCUACCACCACCCGCUACUUUUCGAGCCCGACACCUCUUGGGGAUAUGGGGCUGGUUUAGAUUGGGCUGGCCGAGUGAUUGAAUGCGUAACAAACUCUACACUCGAGGAUUACAUGCAGACACACAUCUGGUCCAAGCUCGGCGCCGUAUCAACAACAUUCCACCCAGAAUUACACCGCGACACACUCCCCCCACAAAUGGGCAUGGGAUAUCGCGUCAGCGUCGGCCAGGGCACCAAGUCUCUGAAGUCAGGGCCUAUUAUCCUCAAACAGCCCGCGCAAGAUGAUCUGGGGGGUAUUGGGCUCUUCAGCACGCCGAUGGAUUUCGUCAAGUUACUAUCUGCGCUUUUGGAUGGUGGAUAUCCACUGCUCACCAGGGAAAGUGUCGAUGUUUUACUGCAGCCACAGCUUAGUGAGGCAUCCCGUGAAGCAAUGCCGAGGCCACUCGGGGCUCAGAUGAGACGGGUGUUGGGGAUUAAGGACGCCGGUGAUACCCAGCAGGCGGAUCAUUCUCUUGCUGGGACUGUUACGUUGAGGGAUAUUGCUGGUCGGAGGAGAGCUGGUACGGUUAAUUGGAGUGGGUUGCCGAAUUUGCAUUGGUGGAUCGAUCGGCAAAACGGCAUCGCAGCGACAUUGUUUACGCAAGUUAUGCCGCUGGGAGAUGCUGCUGUCACUAGCCUCCUUAUCGAUUUAGAAGAGAGUCUUUAUGCAGCGUUGGAGGAGAGCGGUGGCCAUAUGAAGACUCAUGUGAAGCUAUAG